UUAACUGUCUUAUGUUUUCUUCACCAAACGUAUCAAACACCAAAGCAAAAGUCUCUGUUCUUCUUCUUCUUCUUCUUCCUCCUCUCUUGCACCAAUACGUAGGAGGAACUCAGAAGAAGAUUGCUAAAGAGGUUUUGAUUCAGGCAAAAGUCAAGAGUUGUUCUUUUUCUUGGUGUCAUCAUGCUUUUGUCUCAUGAUCACAAAUGGUAUGUAAUCAUGGAGAAGAAAUGUGUUUUCUCGUUUGUGAUCACAUCUCUUGUCUGCGUUGUUCUCUUUGCAACUUCCUGCAACAUUGGUUUAAUGUCUUCGCUUCGACCACCAACCAACGGAACUUUAUCCCCUUCGGCCAAAAAUGAUCUGGAAGCCAACGACCAGCUCCCACGUUUUGCUUACCUUGUCUCGGGAUCCAAAGGAGACCUUGAAAGCCUUUGGAGAACUCUUAGAGCAUUGUACCAUCCAAGAAACCAAUACAUUGUUCACUUGGAUCUUGAAUCACCCGUUGAUGAGAGAUCAGAGUUGGCUUCUCGCAUUAAAAACGAUCCUAUGUAUUCAAAAAUAGGGAAUGUGUAUAUGAUAGCCAAAGCUAAUCUUGUGACUUAUACCGGACCAACAAUGGUGGCGAAUACCCUUCACGCUUGCGCGAUUCUUCUUAAAAGAAACCCGGAUUGGGACUGGUUUAUCAAUCUUAGUGCUUCGGAUUAUCCCCUCGUGACUCAAGAUGAUCUGCUUUAUACGUUUUCAACUUUGGACCGGAACCUCAACUUUAUCGAGCACACAAGUAACUUAGGCUGGAAGGACAAGAAGCGGGCUAUGCCAUUAAUGAUUGAUCCUGGACUCUAUAUGUUGAACAAAUCAGACGUUCUUUGGGUCUCUACUAAGCGAAGUUUACCAGCUGCUUUCAAGUUAUUUACUGGAUCAGCUUGGAUGGUUCUAUCGCACUCAUUUGUGGAGUAUAUCAUAUGGGGCUGGGACAAUCUACCAAGAACUUUACUCAUGUAUUACACCAAUUUCGUUUCUUCUCCUGAAGGUUACUUCCAUACAGCCAUAUGUAACGCCCCCGAAUUUUCCAAAACCGUGGUGAACCAUGAUCUUCACUACAUCUCAUGGGACAUGCCGCCGAAGCAGCAUCCUCGCGUAUUGUCCAUAAGAGACAUGGGAAAGAUGGUUGCGAGCGGAUCUGCAUUUGGUAGGAAAUUCAGAAGAAAUGACUCAGUUUUGGAUACAAUCGAUAAGGAACUCCUUAGGCGGAUGAACGAAGACGGUUUCACUCCCGGCGGUUGGUGUGGUGGGAAACCAGAGUGCUCUGUUGUCGAAGACUUGGCUAGGAUCAGACCUAGCGCAGGGGCUGAGAGGCUCAAGGGUACUGUGGAUAAGUUAGUUACAGAGGCUAAAUCAGGAAAGAACCAGUGUGUAUAGAGAAAAUCAAUUCCUUGUAACUGGAGAAAUGAAGCUUGGAGGAGAAUAUUGCAGUUCCAGUUUAUAUUUAUACACAUCACAGAUUGAUUGUAUAAUUCUUUUGAAGUGAUUAACUAUUACUUGUAUGUUAAGUUA